GCAGGUUGUAAUUUUCCUCAACAAUCGUAGAAAGCAACUCUUUCAUCAUGGGCAGUGGUUAUACAUUUGUCAUGCACAACAUGCAUUACAGACUCCUCUUUGGAUUUGUCCUUUCUCUUGUCCUAAGAUUCUCCUUAGUAUUAUCUGAUCAACCAGGCCUGAAGAUUGGUUUUUACCAAUAUACAUGCCCAAAUGCAGAGGUCAUUGUUCGUGAUGAGAUGACCAAGAUCAUAUCCCGAGUCCCAAGUCUCGCAGGCCCUCUACUUCGCAUGCAUUUCCAUGACUGUUUUGUGAAUGGUUGUGAUGCAUCUAUACUUCUGAAUAGCUCACCAGGAUCACCAUCUGAAAAGGAAUCAGCACCGAACCUUAGCCUGCGAGGUUUUGGCACAAUAGACCGUGUCAAAGCUAAGCUGGAGCAAACCUGCCCUGGAAUUGUGUCCUGUGCUGAUAUCCUUGCUCUGGUAGCUAGAGAUGUUGUCGUCUUGACCAAAGGGCCUCACUGGGAUGUUCCGACUGGGCGGAGGGAUGGGACAAGAUCAGUGAAGGAUGAUGCUCUGAACAAUCUCCCUCCCCCUUUCUUCGAUGCCACUCGGAAUUUGUAUCAAUUCUUCAUCCCAAAGGGCCUUGAUGCAAAGGAUCAAGUGGUUCUGCUAGGUGGGCACACUCUUGGAACCUCCCAUUGCUCGUCCUUCUCCAGCCGGCUCUACAACUUCAGCGGCACGACGAUGGCCGACCCUACGCUGGACAAGCACUACGUCCCGAGGCUGAAGAGCAAGUGCCAACCCGGCGACAAGACGACGCUGGUGGAGAUGGACCCCGGGAGCUUCAGGACGUUCGACACCAGCUACUACAGGCACAUCGCCAAGGGCAGGGCGCUCUUCACCUCCGACGAGACGCUCAUGCUCGACCCCUUCACCAGGGACUACGUCCUCCGCCAGGCCAGCGCCGCUGGCUACCCGGCGGAGUUCUUCGCCGACUUCGCGGCGUCCAUGGUGAAGAUGGGCAACAUGCAGGUGCUCACCGGGAUGCAGGGGGAGAUCAGGAAGCACUGCGCCUUUGUCAAUUAGACUGCAAAUAUAUGUAUAGCACCAUUUAUCUGAAGUGCUAGCUGUUUGAUUGCUUGGUAUCUGUAGAAUUCUUGUGUUACCUUCAGGUUUGUAUUAUGAUGUAAUCAAACUAUACUAUUUGCUUAAUUCAA